UGUACCUCCCUCCACAGCUGCACAGCCGCUGUUGUGUCAUAGUCCACACCGCAGGUUCUGUCACCUCCAUCUCCAGUAGUUCGACAUGUCUCCAUUGCCUCUGGUCGUCAUGCUGUUGCUCCUCGGAGGAGUCGCCCCCGUGAGGAUCAUGUCAGGAACCACCGCGGAACUCUACGACUAUGACGAACCCCUAUCGCGGUCCGUGGAAUCCGACCGGGGUUCCGUGGAGUCCACUGAAAAGGACGAGGAAGGCAACGAUAUACCUCCGGAGCCGAAGCACCAUGGGUACCACAUGAUGCCUAAGCUGGCAAAAGAUGCUGUUGACAAGCACAUCGACACCUGGCACCCAGGGAUGAAGCAGAACAUUUGGGAGUUGAGUGGACUGUUUGAGGGUGACAUCAUGGAGCCUCAUGACGAGGUACAGGGAAGGAGCAGACCCAGAGGUAGAGUGCCAGUCAUGGCCGAGCGCAAUGGAGUCAUUGACGACAGUCUGCGCUGGCCUGGGGGGGAGGUGCCCUACUACAUCAGCAGUGACUUUGAUGAAGACGAAAAAUCUGUCAUUCGUGGAGCGAUGGAUGAAUACCACGAAAAAUCCUGCAUACGCUUCCGACCCUACACGAAGAGCGACUCUAACUACGUAGUGAUCCGAGGGGAUGCGCCGGGAUGUUGGUCGUACGUGGGGAUGAGAGGGGGUGGUCAGGUGGUGAAUCUGCAAGGACGAUGUGUCCAACACGGUGUGGCUAUCCAUGAGCUGCUACACGCCCUCGGGUUCCAUCACCAGCAAAGUGCGAGCAAUAGAGACGAGUUUGUCAAAAUCCAUUGGGAGAACAUCAGACCAAGGACGAGAAGCAACUUCAAGAAAUACAGUUCAUUCAGGAUCACCGAUUACAACGUGCCAUAUGACUACGGAAGCAUCAUGCAUUACAGUUCACACGCAUUCUCCAAGAACGGAAAACCAACAAUCACGCCCCUAGACGACGGAGCACAGAUCGGGCAGAGGUUCGGUCUGAGCGACCGAGACCAGAUGAAGCUUAACAUCAUGUACGGCUGCAGCGGACAGGACAGUGAGGAGAGACGGACCCCGGCAAUGCUUUCGGACUCAGCUUCUCGCCCUUCUUCGGACUUUGACACUUCUUGGAUGCACAGUUUUGAUACGUUUUGGGACAAACCUUUUUAUUAUUUUUAACCUAAUAAUUAUUUUAUCGUUAAUGUUUUGUUUUUUUAACUUGUUAAGUUUUAAAAAAAGCUUUCUAAUAUUUAAUUUCCGCCUGUUUGUAUUAAAAACCCUGAUCAUUUGUAGCGACCCGCUACAAGCGCAACGCGUAAAGUCACGUGACGCAACUAGACUAGGUGCGCGGGCAGUCUCACCAAAGCAGGCACGCGCGCCAAGGAACGACGGAGUAUAGUGUAGUGUCGCGUAGACCUGCAGCAGCUGUACAUCAACGUUCGGAUAAGUACUAGGAUUAAGACUAUGACUAGAUAAUUCAGUAGAGGUUGGGGAAGGGUGUAGGCUAGGGUAAAUUAGUUAUUUAUUAUGUAAUUUUAGGUUCACCAAAUGGUCGUAGUCUGGUAAUUAAUAUUUCAAAUUUAUACAAUUAAUAUUUGAAUUCACGUUUGCUAAAUCUAGUUACUUUUACGAAUCAGAAUAAGUCCAGAUAUAUAAUUAUUUCUCUUUUCAUUAUAUAUUAAUUAGAUGUAUUAAAUAACAUAAAAGCUGGCUGUGAUAUGCAGCUAAGGUAUUAAUGUGCACUUUGACGAGGUAGUUAGCUUCUUUCCAGUAGAGUUGAACGACGACAGGAAAUGUGUGUGAUUUUGUAGUGGUAAGAGGAAGAUAUAUAGGGCCCACGUAUCUUCAUUUACACACAUACUACUCUAUUUCACCACACAUUGUUAAAAUACUGAAUUAACCAUAUGACAACCAAGAAAAUAGAUGUCUCACUCAGU